AUGAAAAAAAGACGUAAUGAACCCAUGAUAGAAGAAAUACCAGAGUUUGAUGUUCCAUUUCCACCGCAGGUUACGGCGGAAGAGAUUGUGGCGCGAAGAAACCCGCGUAAAUUAGGAUCGAGGCCGCCUAAUGUAUUCUUCCUCUAUAGAAUAAAUUACAUUAAAGCAUUAAAAAAAAUUUUACCAAAUAUUUCAAUGAGACCUUUAUCAAAACACAUAAGCGAUUCUUGGAAAAAGGAGCCCGCGUAUCGAAAGGAUGUCUAUAAGGAAUUAUUUGGUGAAGUGGAAAAGGCUUUAGAAAGUCGUAGAAGGCAAAAUCUCUUUUUGAUUCCAGAACGAUUCCCUAGAGUUCCCAAGAACAAUAAUCCUACAACAUCCACUAAUGCUGAAGGAGGUAAUGAGCUCCAACAAGAUCCACAAAUUAUUCCAGAAGAAUCGAUCCCUAUUUUGAACUUCCAAUACCAAGUAAUGCAUCCACCAUCUAUCGAACAUUCAAAUGUCUAUCCAUUAUUCCCUAUGGUUUAUAAUAGGAGACCAAGGCAAAUCAUGACGAAUAAAUGUGAGCAAAGCGUUGGUGUCAUAUUGAUUUUCAUUUUAAUCUGCUUUUAUGUUACGGAUAUAACGUUGCAAAAUUCCAUUGUAAUAAUAUAUCAAGAUACUCAAAAAUGUAAUGAUCAUAAUUCAUUAUAUUGUUCAAUCACGAGUUUUGGUACAAUCAUCUAUGAGUUCGUAAUUGAUAUUUACGUUCUUUAUCGUCUUGUAAACAUUUUUUUCAAACAAAAUCUAGUAGAAGGGUUCAUAAGUAAUUCAAUAAUGGGGCUAAAUUUUAUUAGGUUGACUUUCACCGUUUUAUCACAUUUAUGUUUCGCCUUAAAUAUGAUUCAAGUAUUUGAUAUGUUUGAAAUUGAUUCGAUUGUGAUUUACGUUGUCGGAGCCAUCAUUCAAAUUAUUCUCGUCUAUACGAUCGCAGCAGAUUCUGAUCAAACAAGAUUCUCCAAGAUUAAUAAUGAAGGAACGAAUGAAAGAUUGCCUACCUUAGACGUUCAACGAAAUGAUGAAGAAAUGGGAAAAAUUGACUUCUCAAAAAGAAGCACAUUUUUCCAUUGGGCAUUAUCGGUACACCAAUCUCCUGACGAUAAUAAAGGUGUAGAGGAAAUUCAAGAGAAUCCACGACAGCAAAUUUAUUUGACAAUGGAAAAUGUUGAAUCAAAAAAUCAUGAAAUGGGAAAACAAGGAUUUGAAAGCAGAACUCACGUUCAUGAAUUGCAACAAGAAUCUCGAGAUAAAAAUCCUUUAUACGAUGUUUACGAAAGCUAUUAUCAAGAUAGUAACGAUAUUACCGAAUUCCUUGAUUCUGAUAUAGGGAUCGAACAACGAGAAGAUAAUAAUGAUGAUGCGUUAAUGAUAUCAAUGAUAUCUGAAACCGUUAUUCAUGAUGAAAGAUUAUCUAUAACUUACACUGAAGAUUUUGAUAACUAUCCCGAAAAUGAAGAACAUGAGGAACCGACAAUAUUAUAUGGCGUUGCAUUUUAA